AUGGUUGAAGCUUCUGAUGAGAACAGACUUCUACGUGAUGAUUAUGUCAAAUUAUCAUGUACCGAAUGUUCAUUUGAAUUUGUACACGUUGUACAAACGGUAAAGGGAAAUAAACUAAACCAAGCUUUCAUUUUUCAUGAAGAUGGCUUUAAUGCUUUUAACAGAACAUCUAGAGGAAUAGCUGCAUUGCAUAUUAGCAAUGCAUGCACAAGAAAGGAGAUGAGACUCCAUGGAAGAAAUCUUUGUGUGUACAGCUUUAUAUCUUCACAUUUACUGAAUGAAGGUAUCCCGCACAAGAUGGAUGCUUUCCUUCAGCCUUUGAUUGAUGAAAUAAAUUAACUUUUCUUGACAGGCAUUCAAGUACAUGUUCCUGAAACCAUUGAGUUUUCAAAUUUUUCUGUUGCUCAAGGGAAUCACACUAUUCGAUCAUUAUUGUUGCUGGGUACUGCUGAUUUGAAAGCUCAUCAGGAAAUGAUUUUGUAUGCAGGAGGUAUAUAUGAAAUUUAUAUUAUUAGAAAAUAGUGUUGUAAAAUAUAACGUUUGAAAUUCAGGCGAUCUUGAAUGAUGUGCAGUGUGUAUACAUAUGAGUCACGAUUUAGGAACAGUUGCUAUUUUUAGAUUUUUAGGGUUAAUAGGAUUAGAGUUUGGAUUAGGGAAAGUGUUAGGAUUAGGGUUAUGAUUAGGGUUUGGCCUGGAAUAAGGGUUAGGGUUUGGAUUGGGGUUAAGUUUAAAAUACAAAAGAAUACGAAAUUACAAAUUCUAAAAAUAGUAAUUAAAACGUGACAGGUAUAGCAGUGUGUGAUCCAACAGAAAAAUAAUUGUAUAUUGGUGAUACUACAGCAGUUAACCCAUUUUCUACCAAUACUAAUGUACAGGUGUAAAAAUUAUGAGCCUGUUGUUAAAAUUAUUGAACAAUAUGUUAUAUGCUCAUGCCAUAUUGUUCACACUUGUCAACAAUAUUGGUUUGGUGUAACAAUACUCUUCAACAUUGUUGACAACUGUGAACAAUGUGGGCAGAAAUUUACAUCAAUGUUGCAACAAUCGAUCUGAUCGAUCGUUUUUAACUGCAUGUAAUUAUGAUUCCAAAUUAACAAAAAAAAUGAACGAUACAAUUAUUGGCAGAAUUUCAUGUAAUACGGUGUCCAAAGGCAUUAUAAAGGAAUUACAUGUAAUAUGGUGUCCAAUUACAUGUAAUAUGGUGUCUAAUAAAGUCUAAUAUAUAGGGUCAUCUAAACAACCAUGAAAGUUUUCUUGCCAUCUUGUCAUUAGUCAACCUUGCAGAUACUGAUUAUGAUUUAGGAAUAUGAAAUAUACUCAAAAAUUAGCAAAAAACUAUUAUUGUAGGCACUUGAUGUAUAGACUUGAAUAAUAGUAAAAUUUGAAAUAAUACAAAAUAACAUUCAGUUAAUUGUUUCUGUUCUGUUUCAGGUGGCAGGAUUGGUUGCUGACGUUGUUUGGGUAAUGGCUUGUACAUUCCAUGCAAACGUCAUUAUUAUUAUGGCAAUUUUGGUCAGCGCUAUCGAAACCAGAGUGCUCCUAGAACAGCUAUCUAGCAACUGGAAAAUGAAAAGAGUAGAUGCAGCACCUACAAAGGCUCAGCGACAACAACUUCAGGCGGCAACAGGGGUUUCUGGUGUCAGCAUUCUGUUCCAAUUGUACAAGUUCAAUCCAGUUUUGGACAUGAGUAUUGAUCGAAUGCACCUCACUUUUAACAUGCUAAAAAGGGAGUUCAUAGACAAGAUGUGGGCAGAUAUUAGAGAGAAUGCUGAUGAAGAAGUCAAUGCCAGAGAUCCUGAAGUUGGUGGACUUCUUGAUCAUGAAGAGUUCAAGCAUUCCCUCGAGUGUAUUAACUGGACCAAGGAAGAAAAAGAAAAAGGUGUUGGUGGAAUUAGAUCAUUAACAGACAAGCUAGGAAGUUCGAAGUCAAAUGAAUUUAAAAGGUACAGUAACAUAAGUCUAUAGUAUUUAAAAGGUACAGUAACAUACGUCUAUAGUGCAUGCAUGAAUUACAUGCAGUAAUAUACCAUGUACCUUAAAUUGUACUUGUUCUAUGCCACUGGAAGUUCUUUUGACAGAUAUUACAUGUAGCUGUCACUGAUGAUUGUUCUAUGCAGAAUUGGUGCGACUAUAACAAAGCAAAAAGUGUUAACAAUACUUAAGGUGGCUUGCUACAUUUUUUAAAAAUUAACGAUUUUCUGAUUUGGCUCUGAAUUUCGGGAGAAUUAUUAUUUGUUUUACAACAAUGAGUACCUGACUGGCAUAACACAAUUAACACACAUCUACUCAUAACAGCCAUUGCUAUGGCAACAAUGAUGUCACAACAUAGCAGAUACUUUGUUUAAUAAUAAAAGUAAUAUAACUCGAAAAAGGUCGAUUGCCCCCAUUUAUUUCAUAAAAUAAUUUCUGUUUGAAUUAUUAUUCUAAUUUUUAUAGAUAAUAAUUUUUUCGCCAUUACAGAAUUUUUUAAAUCAUGAAAAUAAUUCAAAAUACUAAAAGAAAUCAUUUUAUGAAAUAAAAAAUGGGGUAACUGAACUUUUCUUCAAGUUGAGUUACUUUAAACAUAAAAUAUCCCUUCUGUUAUGACGUCUGUGUUGCCAUAGCAAUAGCAGUUAGGAGUAGCGAGAAUUUUGAACUCCUUUGUUAUUGCGUAAAACCAGUCAGAUACUCUUCAAAUAAUAAUUCUCCAGAAAUUCAUAUCCAAAUUAGAAAAUGUUUAAUUUUAAAAAAGUGUAGCGAGUCACCCUGUAGGGAGCAUGUAAAGCCGCAAAUGAAUAAAUAACAUUGGAACAGAAUUGUCUGCAUGACUCUAAAAAGAAUGAGUGAAAUAAUUAUGUUGUGUGUAUUGUAUUCCACAUUCCAUUUUAUUCUCAUUCUACACAGAUUUAGCAGUGUUGCAAAAGAGGUAUUGGCUGAAAGAAUACCCUCAAAGGCUUAUGAUUGCUAUAUGCUACUGUGUGAUGCUGUUCAAAUGUUGUACAGCACACAACUACAAGUAACAGGAUGGGAAAAUCACCACAUUGAACGACUUGAGAAACUACUAUGA